UAUAGAAUGUAAAUUUGUUUAAACGUUAAACAUUCGAUCAUAACGCAGUGUGUUUCGUGGCGUGACAACUCAAAUUACACAUUAUCUUUUUUCAUGUUUCCGAUAAACAUUUAUCAUUAGAUGUAUCAAUUUGAAUAAUAGUAUAUUAGACAAUGCGAGAAAUACAUUAUACUCUUUGUUUCCGUUACUAAGUGCCAUGUAGCCAUAACCUAUAAAUUCCAGCCAUGAAUAACAGUGUUAAAGACUUAGCGACCGAUUUGGAGAAUUGGAUGUCGCUGAUACCACAAGAGCUCAGAAGAAUGCCGAUUAUAAAUAUAGCGAUACCAGGGUCUCAUGAUAGUUUCACUGCAAACAUAACUAGUAACUCCGAUAUUUCACCUGAUGCUGAGGAAAUUGUUAAGGAAUUGUCCGUUUUGGGACCUAUAUUCAAAGAAGUUAUUGCCAGAUGGUCAAAAACACAGUGUUAUUUAGCUAAUGAUCAACUUAUUCGAGGAAUAAGAUACUUCGACUUACGGACUUCUACUAAAGAGGGAACAGAUGAUCUUUACAUAGUACACACUUUAUACUCAGUGCCUAUCCAAACUUGUCUAGAUGAAAUUAACAGUUUUUUGGAUUUGCAUCCGAAAGAGGUAGUUAUUAUGGACUUCCAGCAUUUUUUUGGUUUCGAUGAAACUCUUCAUAAAAAAUUCAUGCAAGAUAUAUCUACUACAUUUGGUUCUAAAAUAUUGCCGUACGAUGGUAAAAUGAAUAAUAUAACUUUGGAUUCUAUGGCACAAAAUAAAUAUCAGGUGAUCAUUAUUUAUAGAAUUGAUGGAACUACCUUCUGGCCUUCGGCAUGCUUUCCUAAUCCUUGGCCUAAUACUGUAUCCAUACCAACACUCAUACAAUCUUUGAAUGAUAAUCUCAAAAAAAGACAAAAAGAUAUUGCAUUCAUCUCUCAAUGCGUUUUAACGCCAGAUGCUAAAUUUAUUUUAGAACACGUUUUGAGCAGCUUAGAAGAAGAAUGUGCAAAGAAAUUAGAAAAUUAUCGAUCAAAAUGGAUAGAAGCACAAGUUGCAGGAGAAUGUGGACUAAACAUAAUUAUUGCUGAUUUUAUUGAUUUGUCUGAUUGUAAAUAUGUUAGAGAUGUUAUUAAUGUAAAUCAAAGUUUGUUGAAGGUAUUGAACAAAUAAAUUGGAUUUUAUACAAAAA